GCCCUUUUCUAUCUGGAUGUUUAGUUGAGCUGAUGUGUCUAGUGACCUUUGUCAAGGACAUUCACAGGUGUUGUUGCUCCAGUCGUGGGCGACAGAGGCUAAUACGCAGCGAAUGCUGUCCUGGUUGCUGGGGUCCACCUGGAACAUGCGAUGCUGAAGCUGUUAAGGGUAUGAAGGGUGACCCGGGUGUCGCAGGAAUGGAUGGACAGAAGGGCGAUAAAGGGGAUACUGGUUUGCCUGGCCUGGAGGGAGCCAGUGGAACGAAGGGGCAAAAGUCUUGUGUAGAAAACCUUUUGAUUGUAACUGAGGUUCAGACUCAGUCAAUUCUGUGGUUCAUUUGA